CCUCCGGUGGUGGGGCACAGGAUCCCCGCCGAGCUGGGCAGGGGAAGCCUUGCGCAGGCGCCAGCGGCCGCCUCCCGAGCAGCUGCCCCGGGCAUGGCCAGGCGGGCUGCGCUGGGGGACGCGGCAGCGGCUGGGCGCAGAGGGCCGGGGAGGAGGCGCCGCGCUCCUGCCUUCUAGGCGCUCGCUCGCCCCCGGGGCCCGGCUGGGCAGCGCAGCGGCAGCAUGCGCCAGUCCCUGACUCAGCAGCGCUCCAGCGCCGUCCCCCUGCCUGACUCCGCGGGGUCAUUCAAUAGAAGAAAAAGAAAUUCCCUCUACGUAACUGUGACUCUCCUCAUUGUGUCAGUAUUAAUUCUUACGGUGGGCCUAGCUGCUACAACAAGAACCCAAAAUGUGACUGUUGGAGGUUAUUACCCUGGGGUUAUUCUUGGUUUUGGGUCAUUUCUUGGAAUAAUUGGAUCAAACUUGAUAGAAAACAAAAGACAAAUGCUAGUUGCAUCCAUUGUCUUCAUCAGUUUUGGAGUCAUUGCUGCGUUCUGCUGUGCCAUAGUCGAUGGUGUCUUUGCUGCCAGACACAUAGAUCUUAGGCCCCUGUACGCAGGCCGAUGUCAGUAUUAUUCCAAAAGUACGACUCCACCCGAGGGGAUCUGUAAUCCACAGCGCCGGGGACCUUGCACACCUAAAAUAAAAACCAACACCUGCUUCUGCUGUGACCUAUACAACUGUGGAAAAGUGGAAAUUUCUGGUGGGUACUAUGAAUAUAUUGAUGUCAGCAGCUGCCAGGAUAUCAUUCACCUUUACCACUUGCUCUGGUCAGCGACAAUUUUGAACAUAGUUGGAUUGUUUCUAGGGAUCAUCACAGCUGCAAUCCUUGGAGGCUUUAAAGACAUGACUCCCUCCCUGCCUACACUGAACUGUACAGUUGAAAACGCACAUCCCUCAGUGUCCUAUUACUCAAGGCCACAGGUGACUUCUUACAACACUUACUACCACAGCACUCCUCAUCUGCCACCAUACUCAGCGUAUGACUUCCAGCAUUCCAGUGUGUUUCCAGCCUCCACUCCUUCUGGACUUUCAGACGAUCCCCAGUCAAUGUCACCAUCUCCAAGCUACAUGUGGUCCUCCAGUGCUCCUCCUCGCUAUUCCCCGCCGUAUUUUCCUCCUUUUGAAAAGCCACCCCCUUAUACACCGUAAAGAAAAAAUGUGCUCUUGAAAUAAGUGUGAACAUUUUGUAUUUAUAUUUUAUUGGGGUGGGAGGGAGAGAACAUUACAGACGACACUAUCAGAUACUGGAUUCUGGUCAUUCUUGCAAGACUUAUGUAGAGGUUUAACUACUGUGUGUAGAGCAAGGAUAAUUUCAUUGAAGCUUACUAGCGUCAGUGACUAGCGGGUGACCUAAAUUCAGGCCUGUUUUACAAUAUGAUUCACAGUAGUCCUUGAUUUUUAAGAGGUGCUACCUGGUCAGACUAUUGAUCGCAGUCUGCCAUGCUUCAUCUUGAGCUGAGCAGUCACGUGGAUAAAUACGGAGUGGGGUUAGCCAGAACCAGUAGUUACGCCAGCCUACUCUUUUGCUCUAAAGGUGAGGGUGCUUGCAAAUCAGCUCGGAUGUUAAUUUUGUUUGGCCUUUUGCUUCCUACUGUCAGGACAUUGCUGGGCUGUGGAAUGUAGUUCACAUCUUUCAUUGCUUAUGGUCUACGUCCUUAUUAAAGGAAAAUCCAAAGAA